CGCCGUGCGGAGGCCGCUCGACAGGGUCAGAGGGGACCGUCCUGUCCCCAAAUUACCCCCGUAAUUAUACCCAGAGUCUGACCUGCGUCUACCACAUCUUUGUCCCCGGGGACUUUGUGCUGUUUGGCCAGUUUGUGGUGUUUCAGACGUUGGCGAGUGAUAUUGUGGAAAUCUACGACGGCCCGACUCCAGACUCUCCUGUCCUCUCGUCCAUCUCCGGCUCUCACUCAGGAGAGACUCUACCUUUAAGUUCUGGGAACAAAAUCACCGUGAAGUUCACCACCGCGGGUCCAGAGACAGCCAAGGGAUUCCACUUUGUUUAUCAAGGCAUGUUUCUCUAUAUUAUCUGCUCUUUGAUAUGA